AUGUUCAAAUUCCACUUAAAAUAUUUAACAUGCUUAGCUUCAGCGAAUUCGCCCCCUGAUCCGCGCGUCAGUUUUGCAGCAAUAAAGAAUCUUCAAGUUGGUCAACAUUCUGUUCUCCCAAAUUUCGGUCAGGAGCCAAAACAUUUUGCUAAGGGUUACCUGGGAAGGAAACUCUAUGUUACAAAUCGAAUGAUUAAUGUGUGGAAUGAUAUCUCAAAAGAUCAACUUCAUUCUUUCAAACGCGUUCUGUCGGGCCCAAUGGGCACGCAAGCUGAGUUAGAUGUGGAUACACCAGAGGAAGCGGGAGAGGUUAUCUGCAAUUACUUCCUGGCUCUAAAUAGGGAUAUUUUGACUGGUGACGAGCUUGAUAUGCUUGUGGAAAUCGCAAAACAUGGUGUAUUAUUCAAAGAAGAUCCUCCAGUGCCUAAAAGACUUCAUUUUUUGAGCUCACUGAUGAACCUUACUUUCUGGGUUGUACAUUAUAAGGGUGUACAUGUAAUUUUUACAGGAACUGCACAUGCCAACCCAUUAGAGAACAACAUGUUUGAUAUGUGGUUAGAAACACACCCUCUUCUGAAGAUAUCUGGCAUUAAAGUUAAAGAAGCUACAAAUUGUAUACCACAUGAAUUAAUGUAUCUCGUUGGAUAUGUAAAUGAAUUCAAUGUAAAUACUAUAGAUGUAAACUUCUUUCAACAAAUAUUAAAUAAUUGA